AUGACAGACGACAUCGUGGCAGGAGCCGCCAAGCUCCAACUGGAUGAGGAGACAGGGGAGAUGGUCUCCAAAAACGAGCUGAAGAAGCGACUGCAGAAACGAGCCAAGAAGGCCGCGGCUCAGGCGCGAAGCCAGGACGCAGCCCAGAACUUGGGUAUAGAAGCCGCUGCCGCUGUUAAAGAGAAGCUUCCGCCAAAGCCCAAGGCCGAUGAGUCCUAUCUGGACCCGGAUGCCAUGUUCAAGCAGGGGUUCCUUGCCGAGGUGUUUAAAGAAAGACCUGCCGAAGAGGUCAUGACUCGAUUUCCCCCUGAGCCGAAUGGAUAUCUUCACUUGGGACACGCCAAGGCGAUUGCCAUCAACUUCGGAUUUGCUAGGUACCAUGGGGGUAAAACGGUUGGUAGGACAACGGGGCUAACGACGGAGCAGAUUCUCAGGUAUGCGUUUUAUCCGACCAGGUUUGACGACACCAAUCCAGAUGCCGAGGACGAGAAAUACUUUGUGGCAAUAGAGGAGACUAUCCGGUGGCUCGGAUUUGCUCCCCAUGCGAUCACAUACUCGAGCGACAACUUCCAGAAGUUAUACGACCUCGCUGAAAAGCUGAUUCAGCUGGGCAAGGGCUACGUCUGUCACUGCAACGAAGCCGAAAUUAAACUGCAGCGUGGUGGCGAAGAAGGCUCGUCGCCGAGAUAUCGCUGCGCGCAUGCCGAACAGGAUGUGGAGACGAACCUCCAGAAGUUUCGCGACAUGCGCGAUGGUAAGUACGAGCCACAGACUGCCUUUUUGCGCAUGAAGCAAGACAUCACAAGCGGCAACCCUCAGAUGUGGGAUGUUGGGGCAUAUCGGAUUCCGAAGGACCAAACGCCGCACUUCCGCACUGGGAAUCAGUGGAGGAUUUAUCCGACAUACGACUUCGCACAUUGUCUUUGCGACAGCUUCGAAGGGAUUACCCACAGUCUGUGUACCACUGAAUUCAUCAUGUCGAGAGAGAGCUACGAAUGGCUGAACAAAACACUCGGUGUCUACGAGCCAAUGCAGCGCGAGUAUGGUGAGUUGCUGCCCCUUGGGGUCUUUCUUUUGAGCCCUGAACCACCCCCUAUCCGCCUUCCUGGUUGGGAGUUGGGGGCGAGUGCGACUAAAGCUGAUUUUCUAGGCCGCUUGAAUGUCAGUGGCACAAUCAUGAGCAAGAGGGCGCUCAAAAAGCUGGUGGAAGGGAAGUUUGUCCGCGACUGGGAUGACCCACGCCUCUACACAUUGAUCGCAAUUCGUCGUCGAGGUGUGCCCCCAGGUGCACUUCUCUCCUUUAUCAACGAACUCGGCGUCACGACCUCGCGGACCGUGAUCCAGACCUUACGAUUCGAACAGUCUAUUCGCCGUUAUCUCGAAACGACUGUUCCCCGUCUUAUGCUCGUCCUUGACCCGGUGCCCGUGGUUAUCGAGGACAUCGAUGACCUUGAAGGACAGCAGCUUGAUAUUCCAUUCUCGCCAAAGGAUCCCAAGAUGGGUUCUCAUAAACUACGCCUCACCAAGACAGUGUAUAUCGACCGCUCUGACUUCCGCGAGGUGGAUAGCAAGGACUACUUCCGCCUCGCACCAGGAAAGACAGUUGGUCUUUUGCAAAUUCCUUACCCUAUUAAGGCGACUUCCUUCUCUAAAGAUGGAGCAACGGGUAGGGUAACAGAGAUCAAGGUUGUUUUCGACAAACAAGGCAAAAAACCCAAGACAUACAUCCAAUGGGUCCCCGAGGGAUCGCGGAAAGUUGAGGUUCGGGUUCACAGCCAGCUUUUCAAAUCCCCAGAUCCCACUGCCGUCGAGGGGGGUUUCCUGAACGACAUCAACCCUGACAGCGAGGCGGUCUAUCCAGAGGCCCUCGUUGAGUCUGGAUUCGAGGAGGUGCGCCGUCGAGCCCCCUGGCCAGAGGCUAAGGGGGAAAGUAAGGGCGCCGGGCCGGAAAGCGUAAGGUUCCAAGCCAUGCGGGUUGCAUACUUUGUGAGUUUCUGGUGCCUUAUUGCCGUAGACACUGAUAGUACGGAGGACAAGAUUGUGCUCAAUCGUAUCGUCUCUCUCAGAGAGGAUGCGGGAAAGAGGUGA